UCUCAUAUACACUCACCACGUCCUUCGACUCUACCUCUACCUUACUUUUACUUUUUACGACUUUCGAUCGUGAUCGAAACAGAGAUCUUCCUUGUGUGACGGUGACAAACGUUUUUUUUUUACGUAUAAAUAAUUCAAUUAUAAUUUUUUUAUCAAUAAUAAAAACUAGAGGAUCGAUUGUUUGAAGAAGGAAAAAAAAACCAAAAGUGAAAAACCGAAUGCCGUAGAAAAAUGAAGCCAAUAAUUAGUGCAAAAGUGAAUUAAAAUUGUUUUAAUAUCGGUGUUUGUUCGACAUAAGGUGUAACGCGCGAGAAGAAAACUUUUGUGAAUUUCAAAGUCUCCUUUCUCUUUCUUCUUUGGCCUAAAGUUAAACAGAGAGGAAAAAAAAAGAAAGGGAGUGAACGAGAGUGAGAGAAGAUAAUUCAAGAAGAUCAUCAGAAAAAGCGGGAUUCUCAUAUAGAGAUCCGCAUCCACCAAAGGAUCGCGAGAGUGUAGAAGAGAGAGAAAGAGGAAAGUGUAAAGUGCAGACAUGUGGUUGAAGAGCGCGCUCUUAAUAUGCUGCGCUGUGUCUACACUGGGAGAUGAAAGAAUCGUUACAAAGUUGAGACCAGCUCAAACAUAUUCGAAUAUUCAAUCAGAAAAUAUUGAAGCUGUUACUUUUCGAGACAGAUCGAUACCAAUAGAAGAAUAUGUGACAUCUCGAAAAGCUCACGCGGCAAGAUACGAAGACGAUGAUUACUAUGGUGGUGAAGAUGAAGAAAUAAAAAUUGUCAAGACACAAAAUAAAAAGGUACCUGAACGACAUGAGAAUUUAGAGAAAAAACAAACAUCAUUCAAGGAAAAUGAUCGAAUUAUUCCUAAAAAACAAACGCGUAUCGAAUUGGAAAAUUUCAGUGAUACAGGAGUGUUGCAUGAAGAUGGAAUCAAGAAAGUUGACUCGCAUCGAGCACAAGUUAUUCGUCAAAGAGAUUCUGUCAUUCCUGGCGUUUAUGUCAGCAAUGAAUAUCCAACAACAAUGUUACCAACACUGACAACACCAAGGGAGACUCGUUCAUUUGAUUUCAUUCCGGUAAAUAUUAUUCGAGAGGAUAGCAAAGAUGCAUAUACUUCGUAUGCAGACAGACAAUUUGGUGACUUAAGUGAUGUUAGCUUAGUGCCAGCAGGCACAAGUUCACGUAUUCAAGUGAAAAAAGGACCAAAUGGCAAGGAUUAUGAAUAUGAAUAUGUCUACUAUUACUACGAUGAAGACGAUGAAGGAAAAGCAAGUUCCGCUACAAAUACUCAAGAUACAUCAAGCAGGACAACACAGUCACCAAGACGUGGUGGUAAUAGUGGUAGUGGUGGUGCAACAAAUGUCAAUAGAAGUAAAUACACAAACGUAGAAAGAUCCACUACCGCUGAACCUGUUAGCAACGAAGUAAUACCAAACAGAAAUAGAGGUAGACAACUUGCAGAAGCUGAUGAAAUUUCCGAAGAACGCCUGCCAACUAACACUAGAUUCCCACCAAGAUCUCGUUCAAAUCACAAUACAGGAACAACAGAAUCAAGUCGAGUACGUGGUAAUCGACCAAGACCCAGUUUAGAACUCGUAGACUCAAGUAGUUUUCGCACUCAUCAAGAAGGACCAGAAUUUCCACAGAACUUACCAAAAGGACCGGUUAGAUUUAUUGGAGUAACUCCUAAUGAAGAUAACGAAGAGAAACCAUCUAAAAACCGAGCGAGACCACAUCGAUUGCAAGAACCAGCUCCAGUUGAAGAAACUAUUGAUGAUGCUCAGCCUACUUUUAGAAGACGACCUGCUUCAAGUAUUGAUCACGAGGCCCAAGUGGAACUUAGCAGAGGACAACCCGUUAGACAGCCAACAAAUGAAGAUGAUACAGAACCUGCCACCCCGGGAAUAAUUUAUUCAGAUAAAAAAACACACCUAAGCGAAAAACAAGAUACAGAAUCAUCAGAUUUCACAACAACUGAUAUACCAACAACGGAAUAUCCUUCAGCAAUGGAUAAAGUUGCUUUGGAUCUUUAUGCAUUCUUCCAACAAGGACAAAGUAAUCUUGUUGAAUCAAGCUCUGAAUCUGAUUUAACAAAUGACAGUACAACAUUAUCGGAAAAUGAUGCCACGGAACUUGCAACCACUGAAACAUUUAUUGUUACAACAGAAUCUACAACCACUUCAACCGAACCAUCAACAACUACUACCACAACACCGGAACCAACAACCUCAGCAACCACCACUACAGGUAGAGGAAAAUUCCGCAGACCAGGAAUACCAGGUGGUGCUGUCUCCAGAAACAGAUUUAAGCUGAACGGAAGUGGAUCAACAACAGAAAGCAGUAAUUCAGCAGAACCAACACAAAAAGUUAGAGGAAGAUUCGGUAGCAAUGGUAACAGUGGAUUUAAGCGACCAAGACCAGGGCAAAAACAUCAAGUCGAUGAGGAAGUACAAAAAGAAAAUGCAGCUCCAACAAAUGCAGAAAAAUCAAAUGGUACACGCAAUAGAUUCAGAGGAACUGGUAAUCGAAAUAUUUCCAUUACAACUCCAGCCUCUGCUCCAUCUUCAGGAUCUUCCGCCGCAGCACUUCGACCAACAUUCAACAAGCUCAAUAUUAAUCGCAGACGUGGUAGACCCUCAACAGCAUCACCAUCAGCCAGUGAAGAAUCAUCAGAUGGAAGCGAAGUCGAAACACACGAGGCUCCAAUUACUCCAAAACCAAGUGCUCGGCCAAAAUUACCAGGCGUUGUUCCCAGACCCGCGCGUCCCGGUGCUAGGGUCAAUUUAAGACCCAGACCAGGACAAGCGACAAGUACCACAGUUGCUCCCGAAACUCCCGAAGUUCCCGUUGACGAGCCUGCCAGUGAGGGAACAGAGGAGGAAACUCACGCUGCUCCAGCAGAAUCAAGUCCACCAAAUCGCCUAACAACCGUCAAUCCACUCAACAAACUAAGAAAUAGAAAUCGAUUACAGGUACAACCAAAAACAACACGAUCACCUAUUUCAACAACUCCAAGAAGAUCGCCUCUAUUACCACGACGAAAAACAACUGAAGUUCCCGUUGAAGAACCUGUUCACGAACAAGAGAGUGAAGAAGAAGCAGUUGCCGAAACAGAGCCAACGGAAGUUUCAAUUAUCGAAACAAGUACAGCAGCAAGUACUAAACACGAGGAAGUUCGAGGAUUAAGUGGUCUUUUAGCACCAAGAAGAAGGAUAGCACCACGUCGUCCUGGUCAAAUAUUAUCUCGAGAAUAGACUUAUAAAAAACAUAAUUUUUUUUUUUAAAUUCCAUUUCUAUGGAAACUGAUCAAAUUUAAUUUUUUAACAAGAAUUUUUUUUCCCUUCCGGUUUAUUAAUAAAAAAAAAUUCUUCAAAUCAGACAAUAAAAUCACUACAAAUUAUUAAUAGUAUAAAAGAAAACUUGACAAACGGACAUUGUGCACUUUAAGCUAGUCUCUUUAUAAUCAAGCGCACUUCUUAAAAAUGAAAGUGCCAUUAAAUAAAAAGGAAAUACUCAAAUCGACUGAAAAAAAAACUUGGACAGCUUUAUAUUCCUUGAGUGCACAAAAAAAAAAAUCUCCCUCGUAAAUAUAAGUCCGAGUUAAUGCAACAAAUUAAUCAGAUUUAAAAAUUAUUUUUUUUUUAAUCGUGUGAUCAUAUAAAAUGCCUAUGCAGUAACUUUUACGAAGUAAUAAAAAACGAAAAAUCGUAAUUGCCUGGUAAAUGUUUAUACUGCACAACAAUAGUGAUGGUAAUUAUAUAUUUAAUUCGACAUGACUUGUGCGUGUACUUCUUAUUUAAUUAUCUUUUAUGUUUUAUAUUUUGAUGUUGUAUAUGUACGUUUAAAGCAUAUGAUAUCGUAUCUUUAAUAUUUGAAGAAUAAUGUUUUUUUCAAGUACGAAAAAGCUGGCAAUGUUAAUGUGCCUUAUUGCGUUUGCUCCUACUUUUAUAGAAUAGCUUAAGCUCCAAAAAAUAAUGUAAAUAUUAUUAUAUUAUUAUUAAAUUCAUGUCUGAAUGACAAUAAUCGUA